AUGUGUUCCCGAGUCUGGCGAGCGCCCGCGUUGCACGUCCUGGCUCUGGGCACGCUGCUGUGGCCGGCGGCUGGCGCCUGGGAACUCACCAUCUUGCACACCAACGAUGUGCACAGCCGCCUGGAGCAGACCAACGAGGACUCUGGCAAGUGUGUCAACGCCAGCCUGUGUGUGGGCGGCAUGGCUAGGCUCUACACCAAAGUCAAGCAGAUCCGCCAACAAGAGGCCAAUGUGCUGCUGCUCGACGCCGGCGACCAAUACCAAGGCACCAUCUGGUUUACCGUGUACAAAGGCUCCGAGGUGGCGCACUUCAUGAACGCUCUGUCCUAUGAUGCCAUGGCCCUGGGGAAUCAUGAAUUUGAUAAUGGUGUUGAAGGACUGAUGGAUCCACUCCUCAAAAGUGUCAACUUUCCAAUUCUGAGUGCUAAUAUUAAAGCAAAGGAACCACUAGCAUCUCAAAUAUCUGGACUCUAUCUUCCAUCUAAAAUUCUUAAAGUUGGAGGUGAAGCUGUGGGAAUUGUUGGGUACACUUCAAGAGAAACUCCUUUUCUCUCAAACCCAGGAAGUUACCUCAAAUUUGAAGAUGAAAUCACUGCACUGCAACCUGAAGUUGAUAAGCUCAAAACUCUUAGAGUGAACAAAAUCAUUGCCCUAGGACACUCUGGCUUUGAAAUGGAUAAACUCAUUGCUCAGAAAGUGCGAGGUGUUGAUGUAGUGGUGGGAGGACACACCAACACGUUUCUGUACACAGGAACUCCACCUUCCAAAGAGGUACCUGCUGGGAAGUACCCAUUCAUAGUCACCUCUGAUUCUGGGCAGAAGGUCCCUGUGGUGCAGGCCUAUGCUUUUGGCAAAUACUUGGGCUAUCUGAAGGUCGAAUUUGAUGAGGCGGGCAAUGUCAUCGCUUCACAUGGAAAUCCCAUUCUUCUAAACAGCAGCAUUCCAGAAGAUCCAAACAUAAAAGCAGACAUUAACAAGUGGAGGAUAAAACUAAAUAACUAUUCUUCCCAGGAACUGGGAAGAACAGUUGUCUAUUUGGAUGGGUCCACUCAAUCAUGUCGGUUUCGAGAAUGCAAUAUGGGCAAUUUAAUCUGUGAUGCUAUGAUUAACAACAAUCUUCGACACCCGGAUGAAAUGACCUGGAACCAUGUGUCCAUGUGCAUUAUAAAUGGAGGCAGCAUUCGGUCACCCAUUGAUGAGCGGAACAAUGGUACAAUUACUUGGGAGAACCUGGCUGCUGUAUUACCCUUUGGAGGCACCUUUGACCUGGUCCAAUUAAAAGGCUCUACCCUGAAGAAGGCCUUUGAGCAUAGUGUCCACCGCCAUGGUCAGUCCACUGGAGAGUUCCUACAGGUGGGCGGGAUCCAUGUGGUAUACGACCUUUCCCAAACACCUGGGAACAGAGUGGUCAGCAUAGAUGUUUUGUGCACCAAGUGUCGAGUGCCCACUUAUGAGCCUCUCAAAAUGGAUGAAGUAUACAAGGUGAUCCUCCCAAGCUUUCUUGCCAAUGGUGGAGAUUCAUUCCAGAUGAUAAAAAAUGAAUUACUAAAACAUGACUCUGGUGACCAAGAUAUCAAUGUGGUUUCUGAAUACAUCUCAAAAAUGAAAGUAGUUUAUCCAGCAGUAGAAGGUCGGAUCAAAUUUUCUGCGGGAAAUUAUUGCCAAGGAAGCUUUUUUCUAUUAUCUCUUUCCAUUUUGGCAGUGAGUCUUGUUUUUUACCAGUAG